CCGUGCGAUAACUUUGACUUCAGCAUUUUCUUCUUCGCCGCACUCGGACGUUGUUGGCAUAUAUUCCACAACAUUGCUCAGAUCGGGUUGAAAAUGCGUGUCAUCGGAGACGAACUCCAUGUGAAAGUCGUCAAACUGCUGUUGCUGAGCGAAUUCCUCGUCGGACCAGUUUGUCUGGACCAUGUCGAAUAGAGGUUGGAGGACUCCCAAAGAGUGGAGGAUUGGAAGUGCGGGUUGCUGUUGCGGGCCCACUUCAUCGUGAGAACUUUCACUCUGCGUGUUGCUGCUGCUUGUGGACGCGGAGGUGGAGAUGCUGUCGUCAGUGUCACUGCUUUUCGUGGUCUCAUCACUUCCGUCCGAGUCGGUACAAAUGCUUUCUCUUGGAUCGGAGUUGGCUUUCACCGAGUCGUGGCUUCCUGUACGAGAAGUGGGAUCAUUGCGUGACAUUUUGCGAAAUUAGUGAGUCUUGUCAUAUAAAAUAGACACGUAUUGCGAAUUUUGGCACCAAAUAUUUCGCUAAAAUUAUUAUUCAUGCGUUCCCUACGUUACGAUCCGUUCACACAAAAUUUUAAAAGCAGACGAGACAAGGUGGAAAAAAAAGUUGAAAAAGUUCAACAAUUCUCAUCAAGUGCUCCUCAAAAAAUUAUAAAUCGAACCACACACAAAGUAACAACAAAGUUUAAAUUCUACUAAAUGGGGCAAACCCUGCCUACAAUGGACAAUCUGGCCGCUGGUGAUGGUGAACUCUUCGUUCAAGAACUACGAGUACUAGGAGACCAAGGCGCUGGUGCUGGCGACCUCCUCUUUGGCGGACAAGGGGACGAUAACGCUGCUGCUGGUGAGCUCCUCCUCGUUCAAGGACAAGGAGACGAAAACGCUGCUGCUGACAACCGCCUCCUUGACGGACAAGGAGACGCUCCUCCUGCUACGGAGGUCACCCACGUCCCUCUCUUCGAGCACAGAUCCUUCGCGGACAACUACGUCGUCGCCUCGUGUAUUCUAUCUCACUUGGCAGAUGUUGAGGUCAGGGGUCUUCGAAGCGUUUGCAAGACUUGGGCUGCUGCCGGUGGCGUGAUCCUGUCCCGACGGAACGGUGGCAACAAACGAGCCUACCUCACCUUCGAGCGAGAACGCGACGCCAAACGGAAGAUCGGUCGGCUGAACAAGCUUCUCGCUCGGACGACCACGCCCCGCUACCUGCUUCCCGCUAACUACGCCGCCAUGGGCAUUUCGACCACCUGCAUGCGGAGCAAGACCGAUGUUCGGGCCACUCCGACGUUCCAAUUGUUUCUGGAACGGUACGGCAAGUAUGUGAAGAGCGUCGAAUUUCACAGGACUUCUGCGCGACCGGAUGACAAUUUGAUGUUUGAUGACCUGAAAACUAUUCUGCAGACUUGCGAAAAUCUGACAGAUUUCGCCUUCCUGCCGUACAAGGCGACGUUUACGUUUGUGAAUCGAGGGCCGCAUCAUCAACAACAACAACUGCGAGAACAAAUGGUAACCACCUUUCGUCAAAACUUGGUCUGGACUCCGAUCCGAGCUGCGAUUUCACUCUCGGUGGCUAUGGGACCCUUGAAGAUAACCACGUUGAUUCUGCAUAUCUGUCACCCUCGACAUCUCGCGGUGCUUAUCACGUUGUGCCCAAACCUGAAGGACCUCGCCUUUCUCGCACCCAAUGUGGAAACGCGCACUUCUGCACAAGUUUUGGCAGACUGGGAGGGAUUUCAGGAUGCGGUGAACGAGAUUGGGGGAAUUAAUACCAUUGAAUCGCUAACUCUUCAAGAGUGGGAUCUCGUUCCCAAUGUGGAAAUGAAAAACCUCCAGACUAUCAAGCUGUCCAUGCGGAGAGGUAUUUCCACCCUUCCCGUGUCUCAGAAGAUCUCCUACUUGACCAUUUAUCCUCAAGUCCGAAAUGUUGAUCUCUACUUGUACCAACCACGCCCAUCUCUGGCCGAGAACGGUGCCAUCCACCGCUUUAUUAAUCGAUUUCCUGGGAUGACCACGCUCCUCGUGGACAUCAAGCCAAGUCCUGGCGUCGUUGCGGACUGGACUCCUUUUCAGCAGCAAGAGCACCUUCACGCCAUCGCCAACGGCCAUCUCUUCAAUCCGGUCGAGUGUGCCAUCAACUACAACGUGAAGAAUUUGUUCAUCUUGAAUCUUCAACUGUUCGAAUUCCACGUUCAUCCCCCGUCGUCCCAGAGUGGAAACCUCUCUCUAACUUUACCAAAAUGUGCCCGAACGUGGAAAAUCUCGCAAUUUCUUUCAAAGGCGCACCCAGAUAUUUUGCAGGACAGGUCACCCUGCCGUACAAAUUGGACGAGAUCUUCAAAGUUGCUCAAGAAUGGAGGAAAUUGAAGGCGGUGGCAGUGUCAAAACCAGCGUUUCGAUGUCCAGAAAUUCUGCUUGCGUUUAGCCGAAUUGGUCUUAUGAACAACAUCCACGACUUGACCCUACACCAGAGCGCUGCGAAAAGCACUUACAAUAGGUACGGGUUACACGGAGAUGAAAAGCGAAUCGACCAGACUCUCCUUCCAGCCGUUAUUACGACCGGGUCUCGGCUCCAGUCCUUCAAGAUGAGUGGUUUCGAAGAGAUCACGGAGACCGUCCAACAACCGCACCACCAGCACCAGCAGGCAACUCCCAACUUUUUGGAGAGGGAGGCGCCCUUCUUGGGAAACGUGUCGUUGGAGAAAUUUGAAUUCAAUCAACCGUUUCAGACGGGAAUCACGUUGUCGAAGGAUCUUCAAAUAAAACUUAUCUAAACAAUUUUACGUACUGGAAGAAAAAUUUGAUACAUUUAAUUUUGUGCCGAAAUUGAAUUAAUUGGAUGGUUGAGAUGAUAAAUUGGAAAAUAAUAAAU